UUACCCAUAAAUGAAGCCAUAAAGACCAAGCCUGUUUAACUACCAUCUCCCUGUUUUCUUGAAGACCUACCCAUUGAGUUAACUCCCACCCAGCCGAAUUAGACUUUAAGCCAUUUUGCAUGAUGCCAAAUCCUGGGAUGGUAACACAAUGGAGGGAGUGUAGCAGCAUACCAAGCAGCCACCCCGGCCUACCAAGUGGCCAAUAAAGCAUCCUACCAGGAGGCCUACCAAGAGCUGUACCAUUUGGUCUACUAAAUGACCUGCCAACCGGCUACCUGCAGGCUCCCAGGCUACCGGCUACACCCCGCCAAGGACAACAGAAAUGCCCCUGAAGAUAAACCUGUCCAGCGCUCCAAAUCCUUCAGCUUCAAGACACCGAGGGAGGUGUGCUCGUCAUGUGAGAAGACCGUCUACCCCAUGGAGAGAUUGGUGGCUAACAACCUGAUAUUCCACUCGGCCUGUUUCUGCUGCAAACACUGCAACACCAAACUCAGCCUGGGCACAUUUGCUGCCCUUUCGGGGGAUUUCUACUGCAAGCCGCACUUCCAGCAGCUCUUCAAGAGCAAAGGCAACUAUGAUGAGGGCUUUGGCCGCAAGCAACACAAGGAGCUUUGGACCUCCAAGGAGGGAGAGAACAUAACUAAGACUGCGUAGCCACGCCUGUCUGUGUCCCAACCGUUCUCCCACGGGAAAGGCUAUACGGACACUCCUGACCUGCAAACCCACUUUUAUUUUCACAAUUGGUAACGGUCAGGCUUAGUUUUAGAUUUUGGUUGUUUUGCAGGUCAGCAGUAUCCUACUGGCAUUUCCCAUCUCAUCCCCAAAGCUGCCUCGUCUCCACCUCCAACAUGUCAUAAAGAGCACCAACGUGUCAUGAGGGGUGCAGUCAACGCUCCUGUGCUCUCGCUCCACAUGGAAGACACACACCCACUAUGACUGGCCGGUCACGCUCCCUGUUGCUCUGCAUUUUAUUUAGUGGGGUGUUUAUUCCUUUAAUUUGGUUUUAGUAUCAUUUUCAUUUUACAUUUGCUCUUUUGAAAUUGUUGAUUGUGACCAAACUGCUUCUUCACAAACCAGUGGUAUGUUUCUGCUGUCUUUUUGAGGACUACAUAUCAUUGUUUUCUUGUUUAUUUUUUGGAUAAAUUUGCACCCUUUUGACGCAACAGGCGCAAGGGACCGUAUGCUCAGGUGAACAUAUGGUUAGAGUGGAGUUCACUCUCAGCUGUAGAGCAUACUCAGGUCGACCAUACUGAGCUAGGUUCAUUAGCAAGUUUGUAUUAUUUUAUGACCUCCUUUUCAGUUCCAUAUCGUCAAUUAAAUCUAACACCAAUUUUAAAGACCAGUCCUCUGCGUUGCGGUAGCACCGGCGGAAGCCAAUUUGUGAGUUUGUCAGGGUUCACUUAUCUGAGAAACAAACACGGUACUGUAAAACUGUCACACGUUCUCUCUCUGGGUACAUUUAGUUGAAUUCUGUCUUAUUGUUCAAAUGUUUUUUUGCUCCUAUGACCUGAAUGGCUGCUAGGUUUCAGUUCUGCAUGUUUGUCCUGUAUGAGUCUUAGCUGUCAUACCUUUAGUCUGUACUGCCCUCCUGUGUUCUGGAUGACUUUUUAAAACGAAUCUGCUUCAUUGACUCUUAAUCUCACUUUACUGGUUUUAAAAUGCUCUCUUUGCUCUGUUAUUUGCUGGGUUUGACGGUCAUGCGAUAAGUUGCUCUCACUCGUAGAGGCUUUUUCGUCUUUAUUCUGAAUAUGAGAAGUAUCUCAUAGGUGUUGUACAUAGCUUGUGCUUAGUGAACAUAUCACACUAUACUGUGCACAAAUGACCAUGCAUGUUAACCAGACAAGUCAAUGUUAGAUUGACAGGGAACAUAGCCUAACAGGAAACCACAACUGUCACGCUAAUAUCCCCUGCUGCUUCCUGUCUAUGCAGAGCUGUCUGUUCAUGUACUAAAUUGGGCUAAGUUGGUGUGUAAAACUAAGCGGGACUUUCGGAUCUUUCAAGACAACUGUGAACUCUGGUAGGGGAACAAUGUCAAAAUCCCGAUGUCUGUGAUCUGCCAAUUGGAAAAGUCAGCUCUAGAAAGAGGCCAGAGUUUCUGACGCAGAAUUAUGAGUUGGAUGACCUUUUAAAACAAAUCCCAUCAACUUUUUCUUUUUGAGUUCCCUGUUGUCUUGAAUGCUCGAAAGUCUGAGAAUUCAGUGUUCUGAAUGUGGCAGAAAUUCACAUAUGACUGGGAUGUCCUGAUGAGGCCACAAGUGAAAUCACAUAAUGUAAAAAAAAAUAUAUAUAUAUAUAUUAUCGUGCUUCUCCAGUGACAUCACAUCUGCUAACAAAUAUAUUUUAUUCUUUUUUAUAAAUGCCUCAUGGCUUUCUUGUCUCGACUGCAUCACGUGAUUCUGAGCAGAGGUGGUGGAUUUGUGAAGAUGGUUCACUUCAGGCUGUUUACCAUUGGGGAAAAAAAAUUGGGUGGAUGAACAGGGUGGAUCUCCCAUCGACACCAAUGUGAUAGAUAGCAGCUGGGUCUGGUCUACUUUAUUGACUAAUGUAACCAGAAAGAAUGAGGGAGUGGGAUGUCUCGCUGCUGCGCCAUCUCUGAUUUUGAGCACCAGGACCUAGUACUAUGUGAGGGGUGGGCGCUAACAGGGAAUGUUUGAACUGGGGCAUAUUCAGGGGAAUUCCUAUGCAGUGAGUAAAGCCCAGGCCUACAGAGCCCUGAACCUCAGAGUAGUGCCUCCUGGUGGGAGAAGAGAGGUCGGAAAUGCUUGAGUCAGUUCAGCCAGUCCCAGUAAAGGCUUGAGAUAUUACUUAUCACACAAUUGUCAAUAAACACGUUUGCCCCCAGUAAUUUCUUCUGUAUAGCUUUUACUCAUUUUUUAAAGACGUGGGAGUGGCCUCGGGAUGAAACGGUUGUGCUACAGGUAUUUUUGGCCAACAAACUCAAUAGAUAAGAUUUUUAUUUUCUUCAUUCUAGCUUUAGAAUGAAACUAAAGCCAUUGAAUUACAUCAUUUGGAAAGUAUCCAAUGCCACAACACUUGAAUGACACUGUAUAUUGUGAUGGAAAGUUUACUGUGAAUUAUAAACUGGGUGGGUCGAAUGCUGAUUGGCUGAAAGCCGUGUUAUAUCAGACCGCAUACCACUGGUAUGACAAAUCAUUUAUUUUUACUAAUCUAAUAAUAUUGGUAACCAGUUUAUAAUAGCAAUGAGGCACCUUGGGAGUUUGUGCUAUGUUGGGAAUAUACCAAACGUCCUCGGGCUUCAUUGCUUAAUUAGAGCAUGCUGUGCAGAAUAGGAAAUAAAAUGUUACUUUUUGAUAAGUAAAUCCUUAGGCAAUAGUUUUUGCCAUUUAUUUCUAACAUUUAAUGCUUUUUCAAAACAUUUUUUUGUUUCUGAGUGCACAUACCUUUCUCCCUGUUCCAGCCUAUUCCCCUGUGAAUGAAAAUAAUCCUUCUGCUUGUUUUCCACUUAGUCCCUGUGGUGGAUAUGAGUGACUUCACUCAGCCAGAAGUUUACGUACCCGCUCAUCUUCCACUCUCUCCUGAAUGGUUUUCAUUUUUCCAGUACAUUUCCUCAAGUUUGUAAAGUUAUCUAUUUGUUUUUAACAUUUUGUAACGGUUCUCGAGACCACCCAGAAUGCUUUGUAACCAAGAACAUCAUAUCAAAUAACACUGUGUCCAUAUCGUCUUAUGUGUGAGGAGUACCAAGGUACAAUGGUGUUAUCCUGUGAAUAAACUUUCUUUGUAUAGAGAAACAAACAAAAAGAAAGUAGGUACACUUUUCCAUACUGGUACCAGGAGGCUCAGGUCUAUGAGAGCUGUGUGACUGUCUGUGUUCUGCGAGUCAUGUAGUUGUGUGCAAAAUUGGAUGUAGACUUAACAUUUAUUUCUCAAUGCAGGUGUCACUGUUGUCAAAAUGUAAAUGUAUGCAUUUAAAAACAAAAACAUUCUGUAUAACUUACUUAACCUGUGGAUGGUGGCCUUACAAGCAAAAGGACGUUUUGGCUCUUACUCGUCUUUCACCUCUACUCUCCUCUCUUCUUCUUUUGGAUUAUUACUCCAGUUAAAUUGUGUUGUAGAAGAACAUGAUUAUAAAUGUGAUUUGUCCCCCUCCCACCCACACCUACACACAAUCAAAUGUAUUUUGUUUGAUCAUUUUCUUUCAGUAGUUUACAUUUUUACAUGCUUUUGAAAAAAUAAAUGAAGAUGCUGGUGAUAAGUGA